UCGUUCUCUACAAAGUUACCGGGUUGGGAAUCUAGUUGAAGAUUACCUUGUUUUGGAGAAAUUUGCCAAGUAAAGUUUCUUGUUCAGCUCUGCUCCAUUGAUGUGUAAUUUGAUUUCAGGUUGUUACUUGUUGUAGAAUAGAUAAGCUUCCUUUUUUUGUGUUCACAAUGUAUGAUAUUUGGUGGAUUCGAUAUGUGUGCAGCGCUUUUAUUCAAGAGUUUCGUAAUUGAGAAUCUGCUUAGGCAUUGGAAGCUCUAUAUGUAGUUUGUUAUGAUGUUCGAGUUCUUGCUGAAAAGACUGAUAAAGAAUUGACCUCUAACGGAAAAUCGCCCGCGAAAUUGAAAGCGGCUGGAUCUCUUCUCAUGAAAGUUUUUGGAGUUCUUGCUGGUAAAGGUUCAAAACGAGUCGAAGCAGUAUAUGUGACUUGCCAAUUGUUAAAGACUUACUUCACUUGCCAAUUGUUCAAGACUUACUUUAAGCUUGGAACUGUUAAUCCUUGUCGAAGUGUAAUAAGAAGUAUUGAGACUGCUCGGAUAUUUGACUUUGAGGAAUUUCCAAGAAGAGACAAGAGUUCAACAGCUUACCAAGACAACCUUCUUGAACCCAUUCGAUGCUACAUUUAUUGGAGUCGCAGAAGCUGUAUAUCCUGUAACUUGUUGAACUGCAUUUUCAGUCAUACUGCAGCUGUACAUAACGCUAUCGUUCAUUCUCUGCGAUCUGCAAAUGGAACGGACGAGCCCAAUUUUGUCGUAUUUGAUCUCACGGAAGCGAAGCCUCGUGAGUUUGGAGACAAUGGCAGCGGAAGGCGAUGAUGAAUGUGCAAAAAAAUGCAGAGCAAGGUUGCGGAUUAUUCGGGUUUUGGUUGCGUUCAGGGCUGGUUUUUGCACGCAUUUUGUCAAUGAUCCAGGUUUAAAGUUUGCUAUUUCCACUUAUGAUUGCGUACUUGAACUUGUAUGCAAGUCUCUAGGAGACACAGAGUCAAGAGGAGGACAACUUUGAAGCGGUAGCAUAGAAGCCUUGUGUGGACUUAAAGCACAUACUGCUGAGAUUUAGAGCUCAGAAAGUCAGGGAAUUGCUUAGGCAAGUCUACUUGUUUAGGAUACAAUAGUUGUAUGUUCCCAUAGCAGAAAUAUUUGAGCUUCUUGGAGAUAAAUUGUUAUGUUGCAGAAUCAGAUGGAGUUUCGUUUUGUUCUAUCCUCUUGAAAUUAACAAGUCCAAGGACACAUGUAUGUAGCUUUGUACAGUUCAGUAAUGUAUGUAUAUA